UACUGCAUGCAUGGUAAUUCGGCUCACACUCGGCGCCAUUUUCCAGGAAGUACCGUCGUCAACUACUGGGGUUCUCGAACAAUUUUCGCAAAUUUGAAUGCAUUUAUGCUAGUUUCUCUUUAAUUGUGAUAUUCAUCCAAUUUCACCAAAGGUGUAUAUCAGUCUGAAAAGGAAAAACCCUUGAAAAUCGUUUUCAUUGUGAAGAUGGCUGCAGGUGGUGAAUCAGUGGCUACAGUUUUGGGUGAGAUCAGCCGAGAUCACUUGGAGUGUGGCAUCUGUCACGAGAGGUACCAGACACCGAAGAUUCUCAAUUGUCUUCACAGCUUCUGUGAGAAGUGUCUUCUGUCGUACCAGAAAACACUCCAAGAUCUGUCUGUGAUGCCUUGUCCCGUCUGCCGACGAGAGUCAAACAUCCCGUCAGACGGGGUCUCGGGACUCAAGACCAACUUCCAUCUGAAGGAGAUCGUUGAGGAUUUGGGCCUGAAGGAGAAAUUGGCGCAAACGAGAGGUGUGAAGUUUCUGUGCGAGCUUUGCGAGGACCAGCGUGAGGCGCAGUCGAGAUGCAUGGACUGUCCUUUCUUACUCUGCAAGCAGUGCCGAGCUGGCCACCAACGAAUUGCCACCACAGCCAACCACGAGGUGCUGGCUCUUGACGUACUGCGGACGGGUGUGGCCGAUCUCCAGAGAAAAAGAAAAGUGGAGCCCCUCUGCCAAAAACAUCAGGGAGAGAAAAAGAGAUUCUUCUGCGAGACCUGCAAAGAAUUGAUCUGUAGAGAUUGCACGGUGGUGGAGCACCGGGCGCACCAGUUCACUACGAUUGAUGACGCUGCACCACGCUUGAGGCAAAACGUUAAAAAGCUGGUACAAAAAUUGGAACAUCAAAUUUUGCCACUCUUUCAAAAAUCCGAAACUGACCUUCAUAACAUGAACUCCGAGUUGGUUCGAUCUGCGUCACUGGUUGAACAAAAUGUGACGGAGCGAGCCUCUGCCGAAGAGACCAAAAUAGAGGAAAAUCUGAGGACCGUCCGUGAAGGCAUCUCCAGUCGAAGUAACUAUCGCAGUCAAACGCUUCAAGAACAUGGAGUUACUCUCAUAGAAUCCCGAUCUAUGUGCAUGUCAGCACUUCCGAAAAAUAAGAACCCUAUAGUCGCACAGGAAAUGUUUUCAACCAUUGAUAAAGACCUCUGUGUUUUGAAUGAUAGCAUUAUAAAGCUUAUAAAAUCUGACCAAACUGUUCGUACCGUAAUUCAACGGUUCAUCAACACCACUGAAAAAGAGGCUAGAGAUGGUAAAUCUAAAGUCUCAACCAGACAGAAACAACUUUUGUCACAGAUUGGUAUCACGUCCUCCCAGAAACAAAAGUUCCUGAACGAGUCGAUUAAGGUCGUGAGCACCGAGAUAGGACGCAUCCGUCAUGCGUUAGAAAUUGCCAAGGACCUGGUGACAUCUGCCUCCGACGCUGAUUUCCUCAGUCUUCAGUCGAUCAUUGAUAGCGACAUCCGGUUACUUCUUGAGCAAAGCCCACCUAAGAUUCCCAGCGGUUACCAGAACAUCGCCUUCCAGGGAAGCAGUGAUAGUGAGUUAGGCGCAGUAGUAGUCGGUGCGACCUGGACAUCACAGAGUGACAUCGAGCCUCACUAUACUAAGAAGACCACUGUACACCGCACAAAAAACAUCCUUGCGGAUCGCCGCAGUCAAACGAUCGCGAGCGGAUGGGAAAAGUAUGCCGGUGAAAGAAGAUCCCAGGAUUGGCCCCAGUAUAAUGAAACGAAAGAAGUCAACAUAACGAGCAUGGCUCCAUUUGGCAAAGACGAAGUACUGGUCGGAUUUGAGGAGGCUGUUGUUGUGUACAAUACAUCCGGGAAGCGUACAAGAGAUCGAGAGUACAAUGCGAAUUCAGGAGGGUCAGUGGAUCACUUAGUAUCCUUUCCAAAUGAAUCCUUCGUGGGCGUCGAAGCAAAACUACCUACACUGACAAUCUACUGCUUUGAAACCAAAUCUUCUAAGCCAACCAGAUCUUUCAAGAAAUCUUAUUCUGCCGGACAAUGGACUCCGGGAUCCAUUGCCACUACGAGCUACGGACAGAGCAUGCUUGUCAUCGGCUGCAAAGGCAACAAUCGCGAGGUCAUGGUCCUUGACUGCUCCAAUGGUUCCGUGAUUAGCCGACAGUCCGUCCAAAUCGAGCCUGAUUUCCUGGCUACCAUGGGGGAGGAGUGCGUACUUAUCGGUGCAAGGAGCCCGGCUAGUGUGCAAGGCCUGAAGAUCAACGGAAACACGUUCCAGUCGUUCCUGUCCAUCGACCCUUCCGUCGACUGCUCUCUGGGGCCGGGGGUAUGGAACCCAUACUGCCUCGGCCUUUGUAGCGACGGCACGGACUACAUCUAUGUGGUUCUCUCGGUGAGCUCUGCACAGAAACGGGUGCAUGUUCAUCAGUACAACCGAGUUGGCAGCUUCGUUGGGUGCUCAGCGCUUGAAACUGAGGCACCAGUCAAAGGUACAGCAGUUACAGGAGACGGGAGGCUGGUGUUUGCUGAUCAGCGCAAGUUGAGGCUUUUUGUUAUGCGCCGAAAGUAG